AUGUCGAUCGUCUCGCUUUUGGGCGUUCAGGUUCUGAAUAACCCCGCCAAGUUCACGGACAAGUACGAGUUCGAAAUCACCUUUGAGUGCUUGGAGUCCUUGGAGAAGGAUCUCGAGUGGAAGUUGACCUAUGUCGGCUCUGCUACCAGCGACCAGUACGAUCAAGAGCUCGACAGUCUCCUCGUCGGACCUGUUCCCGUCGGAGUCAACAAGUUCAUCUUCGAGGCCGAUGCGCCCAACACCUCUAGAAUCCCCGACGCCGACAUUCUGGGUGUCACUGUGAUCCUCCUGACCUGCGCUUACGACGGCCGCGAGUUCGUUCGUGUUGGCUACUAUGUCAACAAUGAGUACGACUCUGAGGAGCUCAAUGCCGAGCCCCCCUCCAAGCCUAUUAUUGAGCGAGUCAAGCGCAAUGUUCUUGCCGAGAAGCCUCGUGUAACCCGCUUCGCCAUCAAGUGGGACAACGAUGCCGCUGCCCCCGCCGAGUUCCCCCCUGAGCAGCCCGAGGCUGACCUCGUGGCUGACGAGGACGAGUACGGCGCUGAGGAGCGCGAGGAGGAGGAGGAGGCCGAGGCUGCCCUCGAGGGUGCUGCCAACGGCGAGAAGCCUGCCGGCGAGGAUUCGGAGAUGGCUGGCGUCGAGAACGGCGAGGGAGAGGCUGUCCCUGCCGAGGAGGACGAGAUGUCGGAUGACGGCAGCGUCGAUAUCGAAGGCGAGAGCGAGGACGAGCUGGAGGAGGAGGGCGAAGGCGAGGCUGCUGAUGACGAUGCCAUGGACGUCGAUACCGGUGACAAGCCCGUUGCCGCUGCCGGCAAGGCCCAGGAGGUCGCUACUCACUAG